CUCGCAUCCCGCAACCUCUGGCGUCGGUGCUCUAACUUCUCCCAUCCAACUCCCAGGCCGUUCCCGAAACACCCUACUUCGUCUUCUAGAACGCCGCACUUCGAUCGCGGACCUUAAUUCCCUUAUCCGUAGCCCCGCGGCCUUCGACAUGGGGAAUCUGUGUUCCAAAUCAGCCAACCAACCUGACAAUUUUGCCACCCCUGGUCGUACGGUUGGGUCGAGUACGCAGCCUAGACAGACCUCGGCGCCCGUCCCGCAGAAGAUCACAAGCAGCACCCCUGGUCGAGCUUUGGGUGGGGGCGAUGGAGGCCCAGGCGUUGAAGAUGCCAAAAGUGCUGCUGCCAGAGCAGCCGAGGAGCGCGCCGCAAGAGCCAGCAAACCUGGGGGGAAACUCUCCAGCCAAUUGUCGGCGCAGAAAAAGCAGACUCAGAAUCAACUGCUGAACUCGGGUUCCGAGGCUGAGCGGAGGGCGCGAGACGCCGACCAGGGUGCAGAAGCUCGAAACUGGAACUAAACCGGAGUCCUUGGGUCCAUCCACGCAAGUCACCGCGGUUGUUCGGGGUCGCGAAGUUCCAGAAGAACCAAAAUGUUUCUGCCUGCCUCGAUUCCAAGAGUUUGACCAAUCUUCUAGAGAGAGCUUGGACCAUUCAGUGACACCUCGAAACCUUGAAUGGCUCAAGAGGCCCGCUCUCCCAGCUUCGACCACGCAACGCUCGCUACGGACCCACGCCUUGUUUUCCAAAGUACAUACGGGCUGGGGAUGUUUUGAUUCGUGUUGAUAACUUCGCGUCAUAGAGAUUUCCCGGGUGGCGCCAGCAGAACUGCACCCCAGGGUUGUUGCUGGCUUCUACAGGGUUUUGCAAAGCGGCGAGGAUCUCUCCUUCCUGAACUGAAUGAUUUUGGCGCUGUGUUCUCUCUUGCAUGCUCUGACGUUGGUGGUUCUACAGGACAUAUUGGAGUUCAAACUGCAUUUUGUUGAAUACAGUGAUCUUUUGUCUUCUUUUACGACCACUGUCUGCUCGACUAGGAUCAAUGAUGCCAAAGGGUAAGUGAUCCGUCAGUGACCACCAGUGCACGUUCAUGAAAUGGCUAUCAUGAAAUGGCUACUAUGUAUCUCCGACUUUAGGAUGGAACAUCAACCAAUUUCCCUUCUCGCCAUACCCCGGUCACCAAGUGAGGUCGAGUCUGUUUGCCGUCCUUUGGCAGAUAUCCCAGGAAGCGCCAGAAAGUGUUGGUCUUAUAUCCAGCUUCUUUCCA